GGCGAAGUUAAACAUAACACUGAAGGAGACGGGGAGCACGGCCUAUCUACAACCACGGGAUCGUACAAACGCAAAAUAAAAGCUGUAGAAAUUACGCAUCGGCAUGGUCUAGACGAAAAAGGCAAAGCACCCGUAAGAAAAAGUCCGGAAACAAUAACACCGAGCGAGAAUAUUCGUAUCUCCGUCAUGGAAAACAACACUAAAAACGAUUCAGAACGGUCUUCCGAUCAGGUGAAUGACACUGACACGUUGGAUGACAUUUACCAGCAUGCUGGAAUGAACGUUUGGGAGAUUCCUAAGGAUGUGUCAGGACUGCAGAAAGAGCACCCUGGUCAUAAGCGAAAACCACGGCCACGCGAUAAUCGCAGGCUGCCCCCGCGACUGAUGCCGAAGCACACUGCUUUGACUAGGCCGCCGUACAAAGCGCCCAUAGAAUGGUCUGCAGAACGAAAACGCCCAGCACUUGCAACGUCCUCCGUUUAUUUACGGAAGACAACGUCAGCGACCGCGUCUGCCUCUUCACCAAGUUCCAUGUCUUUGUCACAGGUCAGCACAAAAACCACUGCGAGUCCAGAGAUGACGAGUGAAACACUAGAAACCUCAAAUACUUCAAAGAACCAUGCACCGAUGAUUCACACUUUCAGCCUCGAGCUCAACGACACCGACUUAAAUGCUACAGAAACCCCUAGCGGAGACUCGUCAGCGAACAUCGGGCGCGAAUUGAAGGACCUCCAACCGUUGUCAUUUAAUUCUUCGAUCGAACAAACAAACGAGACCGGAAGUACAGCGGCCAAAUUUUUAGACAAAGAGGCGAGCGCCCAGACUACCAGGGCCACUGUUGUCACCUUGGUACCAGUGGAAGGUUCUGCUGUCGCUGUGCGUUGUCCGACUGCGGACUGCAUGGAGGAAGGUGCGCGACUGCACGCCUUCACAGACCUGGCCCAGAAGCCCUGCACAAAUUUCUACGAGUUCGCGUGCAGUGGCUGGGUCCGUAGGCACCCGUACCCACCAAACAGGAAGAAAGUUUCUGUGGAUGAUGUUGUGGUGCAGCUCACUGAACAGAAAACGAUGGAAUUCAUCUACGAAAAUGUUCUCGACCAUGCCACGUACACAGACCCUCUUCUUCACAACGUCGUCAAGAUAUUUCACGGCUGUAGCGAUAAAAGUUUUCUUAUGAGGAAUCCAGCCAUGGCAUUGCAAGCAGCGUUGGAUGACGUUCGGCUUACGGACUGGCCUUACGACGAAGAACCGAUGGACGUGGACGUUCCCGAGGUCAUCGCAUUUGCUGCCCGCAAGCUGGCGGUGCACCCGUUCUUCGCUCCAUCACUCGAGACCGACUCCACCACUGGGUCGGGAUGGGUGUUUGUGUUUCGAGAGCCCAAGGCGGUGAUUCCAGAAGACGCCUACAUCGUCGGCGACGUUGUAGCGACGUACCAAAAGCUGGUGACGAAGGCUAUGUCACUCGCGAACAGCGACAAAAAUAUACAGGCGCUUGCCGAGCCUGUCCUCGAGGUAGACCAAGAAGUGAACAAGUUUGACGUUGGAUCGUUUCUAAGCACGUUGGUGGAUGGAAUUGCGGUCUUGGAUUCGGAGGUUGAGUUUGUCAUCCCUACCACAACGUUUUUGGAAGACGUGCAGAAUAUCACGUUCGCCUUUGAGAAGAACGUCCUGCUGAACUACAUCGGCUUCCGUGUGGUGCUGGCCCUGUCGCCGCUGCUGCCGCACAACGACGGGCGCGACCUGGCGCACCUGCAGUUCGCGCGCGAGAUACCGACUCGCACGCCGGCCAAGCGCUGGCGCUUCUGCCUGCGCCUCCUUGAGGGCAUCUACAAGCUGCCGCUUCUCCAGCUGCAGGUGGACUCGUUCGAGAAGAAGGACAACUUCCACACGAUCAACAGGACCAUGGAGCUGCUCAAGAAGCACCUCUUCCGAACUGUGCGCAACUCCAGCCGCUUCGGACAGAGCCAGAGGCAGGCGAUUAUUGCCAAGUUACGAGACCUGAAGGUGCAGUCCUUUAGCAGCCACCUUAUCGGCGACUCGGAAGUUCGCGAGAAGCACUACCAUGGGGUGCCUGACGUCGACCCGUCGAAUGUUCUUACCGACUAUGUUCAAACACUAAACAUCAUCCUCAAGAACUACUGGAGCUACUACGGCAGUAUGGGUCCUCAAUUUCGAUGGCAUGGCUCGAUCUUUGACACGGCUGCUACUUACAACCACUUCGAAAAUACGCUGUACAUACCUCCGUCAUUGUUUAUGGAAGACGUCAAGUACAACACCUAUCAUUCGCCACUGUACUUCCCUCGGAGCGGCCGGCGUAUCAUGGAAGGCUUGUACAGUAUGCUGGAAAGAGAAGCUUCCUUCUUCGGGCCUCAUAACGAGGUGGUAAAGACCUCGACCUGGGAUUACACCACCACCGACGGCUACUUGUCUUUGCGCGGCUGCCUCAAGGAGCAGUUCCGGAACGCUGCCAUGCCGCACCUGGUGCCUGGUUUGACGAGCGCGUUGCACCCCUCGCGACCACUGCGCCAGGACGUCAAGGAUAACGCCAUGAUCGAUGUCGUCUUUGAGGCCUUCAAGGAAACCAUGCUGGACUUUGGUUACAAGCCAGGACUGUUUAUACUACCUGGUUUCGCGGAAACAUCGAUGGAUCAACUUUUCUUCCUCCUCUACGGCACGAGCCAAUGCGAGGUGACUUCCCAAGAAGCUGCGCUGGCCGAUGAAAUCAUUAGCGCAUCCCAUCCGCGACGUUAUCGGGUUAAUCACGCUCUGCAAAACAGCAGAGUCUUCUCCCACGCCUUCAUGUGUGCCAACAACACCGAAAUGAACCCGAAGAAAAAGUGCAAAGUGUGGUGAAUCGCUUUGAAGACGGUACUCUUUCCUUCAAAUGCUGAAAGUUUGUGCUUUGACGACAGUGAACUGUCGAAGGCAGACAUGGGGACAGAAGCGGCCAUGUUGUUCAAACUUUUGUGCACAGACUAGCUCAAUUUUUUUCUUCGCUUGAGAUUUUAUCUUUUUCAUUUCCUUUUUUUUAACGCAAAAAAGCCUACUUUUUCUUUGA